AUGAGUAAUCCAACCUCAGAACAAAGUGCUGAAGCACUAAAGCUCAAAAAUGAAGGUAACAUCUUCAUCAAGAAACAAGAUUUUACUAAGGCCAUCGAUUUGUAUACGAAAGCAAUUGGCCUUGAUUCUACCCAGUCAAUCUACUUUUCAAACAGAGCGUUAGCUCAUCUGAAACUGGAUAAUUUUCAAAGCUCCCUUAAUGACUGUGAUGAGGCUCUAAAGCUAGAUCCAAAAAAUGCCAAAGCAUACCACAGACGUGGUUUAUCAUAUAUUGGUCUGCUAGAGUUUAAGAAAGCCAAAAAUGAUUUGCAAAUAGUCUUGAAGGCUAAACCCGGUGAUGCAACGGCCAGCAGGGCAUUGGAUGUUUGCGAGAAGUUUAUCAGAGAAGAGAGGUUCAGAAAAGCUAUCGGUGGAGGUGAUGAAAUCAAAGUAAAUCUUUGUGAGACUUUGAGAUUGGAGAGUUAUGAUGCGAAUGCUGAUUUGGGCAAGUACGAUGGUCCUAAACUAGAAUUCGAGCAAUUGACAAAUUCCAAAGGUGAAGCCGCUGGUGCAGUAGUGAAGAAUAUGUCGGAAGAGUUUAUCACUCAAAUGAUCGAGAAUAUAUUUAAGAAAGGUAAAUGCAUUCCAAAGAAAUACGCAGCAGCCAUUGUCUCGCAUGCCAACAGAAUAUUUUGUAACGAAAACUCCGUGGUGGAACUAUCCAAUAAGGACAAACCUGAUUUAAAGAUUUCGGUCUGUGGUGACACCCAUGGUCAAUUCUAUGAUGUGCUUAACAUUUUCCAUAAAUUUGGUAACGUGGGUCCAAAACAUACAUACCUGUUCAACGGUGAUUUUGUCGAUCGUGGGUCCUGGUCUUGUGAAGUUGCGCUCUUAUUCUACUGCUUAAAGAUCCUUCAUCCAGAGAGUAUCUAUCUGAACAGAGGUAACCAUGAAACCAAUAACAUGAACAAGAUUUACGGUUUUGAGGAUGAGUGCAAACACAAAUACUCCGCUCGUAUCUUUGAUAUGUUCGCACAAAGUUUCGAGAGUCUUCCUUUGGCUACAGUUAUUAAUGACAACUACUUAGUAAUGCACGGUGGUUUACCAAGUGACACUUCAUGCAGUUUGGAUGACAUGAAAAAGAUCGAUAGAUUUUCACAACCACCAAGAGAGGGUGCGUUCAUGGAAAUGCUAUGGUCUGAUCCUCAGGAAGCUGAUGGGUUUGGACCGUCUCAACGUGGUUUGGGUUUUGCAUUCGGUUCCGAUAUAACGGCACAAUUCUUGGAGAAAAACAAGCUCCGCAAAAUCUUCAGGUCUCACGAAGUAAGGAUGGGCGGAGUUCAAUUUGAGCAUAAGGGCAAAUUGGUCACUGUCUUCAGUGCACCAAAUUACUGUGAUACUCAAGGAAACUUGGGUGGUAUCAUUCAUGUGGUCCCAGGGCAAGGUACUUUAAUCCAAAACGGUAAUGAUGAUGAAGACUUGACUAUUGAAACUUUCGAGGCAGUUCCACAUCCUGACAUUAAGCCAAUGGCGUACUCCAAUGGAGGUCUAGGCUUUUAA